GCGGCCGGGGUGAGGCCGCCGUGGGCGCCCAGGCUGGUUGGUUCUGUGACUAGGGGAGGCGCCGGGGUGAUGGCGGUGGAGACUCUGUCGCCGGACUGGGAGUUCGACCGCGUUGACGACGGCUCACAGAAAAUUCAUGCUGAAGUCCAACUUAAGAAUUACGGGAAAUUUCUUGAGGAGUAUACAUCUCAAUUGAGAAGAAUUGAAGAUGCACUGGAUGAUUCAAUUGGUGAUGUUUGGGAUUUCAAUCUUGAUCCAAUAGCAUUAAAGCUUUUGCCUUAUGAGCAGUCUUCCCUUUUGGAACUCAUAAAGACUGAAAACAAGGUCUUGAACAAAGUCAUCACUGUUUAUGCUGCACUUUGUUGUGAAAUCAAGAAAUUAAAGUAUGAGGCUGAAACUAAAUUUUAUAAUGGUCUCUUGUUUUAUGGAGAAGGAGCUACAGAUUCCAGCAUGGUGGAAGGUGAUUGCCAAAUUCAAAUGGGAAGAUUUAUUUCAUUCUUACAGGAACUGUCUUGUUUUGUUACGAGGUGCUAUGAAGUGGUGAUGAACAUAGUCCAUCAAUUGGCUGCCCUCUAUAUCAGUAACAAGAUUGCACCCAAAAUUAUAGAGACAACUGGAGUUCAUUUUCAGACUAUGUAUGAGCACUUGGGAGAGCUGCUAACAGUUUUGCUUACCCUGGAUGAAAUUAUUGAUAAUCAUGUCACAUUGAAAGAGCACUGGACUAUGUACAAAAGGUUACUGAAAUCUGUCCAUCACAAUCCUUCAAAAUUUGGAAUUCAGGAAGAAAAACUAAAGCCAUUUGAAAAGUUCUUGCUGAAGCUAGAAGGGCAGUUACUUGAUGGAAUGAUAUUUCAGGCCUGUAUAGAACAGCAGUUUGAUUCUCUCAAUGGAGGAGUAUCUGUGUCAAAAAAUAGCACUUUUGCUGAAGAAUUUGCGCAUAGUAUUCGCUCAAUUUUUGCAAAUGUAGAAGCCAAACUUGGAGAACCUUCUGAAAUUGACCAGAGAGACAAGUAUGUUGGAAUUUGUGGACUUUUUGUACUGCAUUUUCAAAUUUUUCGAACUAUUGAUAAAAAGUUUUAUAAGUCUUUGUUGGACAUUUGUAAGAAGGUACCAGCCAUCACUCUAACUGCUAAUAUUAUUUGGUUUCCUGAUAAUUUUUUGAUCCAGAAAAUACCAGCAGCUGCCAAACUUCUAGACAGAAAAAGUCUUCAAGCCAUUAAAAUACACAGAGAUACUUUCCUACAGCAGAAAGCUCAAUCACUUACCAAAGAUGUACAGUCUUACUACGUCUUUGUGAGCUCAUGGAUGAUGAAAAUGGAAUCUAUUUUAUCUAAAGAGCAGAGAAUGGAUAAAUUUGCUGAAGACCUCACCAGUAGAUGUAAUGUUUUUAUACAGGGCUUCUUGUAUGCAUACAGUAUUAGUACCAUUAUUAAAACCACAAUGAAUCUCUACAUGUCGAUGCAAAAACCAAUGACCAAAACCUCAGUUAAGGCAUUAUGCAGGCUUGUUGAACUUCUCAAGGCAAUAGAGCAUAUGUUCUACAGAAGAAGCAUGGUUGUGGCUGAUUCGGUCUCACAUAUAACACAGCACCUUCAACAUCAGGCUCUUAAUUCUAUUUCUGUGGCAAAGAAAAGAGUAAUUUCUGACAAAAAAUAUAGCGAACAGCGUCUUGAUGUGCUCUCUGCUCUAGUUUUGGCUGAAAACACUCUAAAUGGACCAAGCACAAGGCAACGACGACUUAUUGUUUCUUUGGCACUAAGUGUUGGCACACAAAUGAAAACAUUUAAAGAUGAAGAACUCUUUCCACUGCAAGUAGUCAUGAAAAAGCUGGAUCUUAUCAGUGAGCUUAGAGAAAGAGUCCAAACACAGUGUGACUGUUGUUUUUUAUACUGGCACCGAGCUGUCUUCCCAAUUUAUUUAGAUGAUGUAUAUGAAAAUGCUGUUGAUGCAGCCAGAUUACAUUACAUGUUCAGUGCUUUACGGGACUGUGUACCUGCUAUGAUGCAUGCAAGGCAUUUAGAGUCCUAUGAAAUACUUCUGGAUUGCUAUGACAAAGAAAUUAUGGAAAUUUUAAAUGAGCAUUUACUGGACAAAUUAUGCAAGGAAAUAGAGAAGGAUCUGCGACUUUCUGUGCACACUCAUUUAAAACUGGAUGACCGAAACCCUUUCAAAGUUGGCAUGAAAGACCUGGCCCUUUUUUUCUCUUUGAAUCCAAUUCGAUUUUUCAAUCGUUUCAUUGACAUUCGAGCUUAUGUAACUCACUACCUAGACAAGACUUUCUACAAUCUAACAACAGUGGCUCUUCAUGACUGGGCCACUUACAGCGAAAUGAGAAAUUUAGCUACCCAGCGUUAUGGAUUGAUUAUGACAGAGGCUCAUCUUCCUAGUCAGACUUUGGAACAGGGCCUGGAUGUUUUGGAAAUUAUGAGAAAUAUCCAUAUAUUUGUGUCUCGAUACCUCUAUAAUCUCAACAAUCAGAUUUUUAUUGAACGAACAAGCAAUAACAAACAUUUGAACACUAUUAAUAUUCGGCAUAUUGCUAAUUCAAUUCGAACACAUGGCACAGGAAUCAUGAAUACAACAGUUAAUUUCACCUACCAGUUUUUGAAAAAGAAGUUCUAUAUAUUCAGCCAAUUUAUGUAUGAUGAACAUAUCAAAUCUCGAUUGAUUAAAGAUAUUCGGUUUUUCAGGGAAGUCAAGGACCAAAAUGAUCAUAAGUAUCCUUUUGAAAGAGCAGAAAAAUUCAACCGUGGCAUCAGAAAACUUGGAAUUACCCCAGAGGGACAAAGCUACCUUGAUCAGUUCAGGCAACUCAUCAGCCAGAUUGGUAACGCGAUGGGCUAUAUACGGAUGAUAAGAUCUGGUGGCCUCCACUGUAGCAGCAACGCCAUCAGAUUUGUGCCUGAUCUUGAAGAUAUUGUAAAUUUUGAAGAACUAGUAAAAGAAGAAGGUCUUGCAGAAGAAACAUUAAAAGCAGCAAGAAGAGACAAAAACAAGCAAUGGAGACCUGUCCGACAGCACUGUGUCUGCAGAUCCUGUGGUCAAAUGAUACUGAUGGCUAGCAGAUGUGCCUGUGGAGAGUCCUGUGAAGUGAAGCCGUGGAAGGGCCACUCCGGAUUCCUAAACUGCUGCCUCAGAGCUCUUGUAACCUGCGUGAGGGUUUUUCAUUUGUAUUUGCAUAGGUCUUGGAUCCAUUUUUGUCUCAGUCAUUGGAAAUUCAGUGCAUAUGCUAUGUACAGCCAGCAAAUACAUGUUUAAACAAAAUGAAUGAAACCUGAAAUUGAUGAAGCAUACAUAUCAAUAUUCUUAUAACAGGAAUAUGUAAAGGUGGUUUUGAUAGUAGAGGUGAGGCACAAGUAUGUUACGUACCUUUAAUGUACAGUGUAAAACUGAUUCACUGUUACUUUCAUGUGACUCACGAGAGCUGUUAAUGUCUUUGGUAAGACAUUUUAUAACUAGUUUACAUUGCUUUGAAAACAUGUAACCUCCAACAACUGCUUUAAGACUUACUUAAUACUCAAGAUGAAAGAAAAUUCAGAGAAAGCCAUAAGAGUCCUGCUUGAAGCUUCACUUUUGGUUGAAGGCACUACGUAUGAUAUCAGAGAAAAUUAUACGGAUUUUUAUUUUCACAUCCAAACUCAGGUUUCUUCUACAUGAGGUUGAAUUGAAAUCUUGGUGAUAGUUUGGGCAGACUUUUUCUUUAAACCAAGUAUAAUCUAAGACAUCAGAUUAAGCACUGUGCAGGCUUUUUAAAAAUUACCACUGUGACAAUAAAGUUCUAAUAACUUAAAUCAUUUACUGAUUUAAAAAGUACAGUAAGAUUUUGAGUAAAUUUAGUUCCUGGCAGGCUACUAGCUUUAUUUUUGUAAAGAUUAUGUCAGUUAAUAAUUAAAUGGUUAAUCAUGACCUAUAUAUAAUCUUUUAAUAUGAUACAGUGAUACUUUUACAAAGAAAACAAAGUUUAAAACUGUACACGUAAUACAUCAUUUGGGAAAUACUUGAUUUUUCCAUUGCACUUGCCUAUUAAGCAUUUCUUUGGGUAUAUCCUGCAAGGAAUUCUAACGUUGUUUGAUUUCCAGCUUUUGGAACAGGUGUACAAUGCCCUAUCUGUAUUCAUUGGUUACUGGCAGGGUAACUUUCCCAGCCCAAGAUAAACACUUCACUGUUCAGUCAGAAGAAACAGAAUAGGUAGAAAAUGGUUUUUGUUUAUUAUGUAAACAUGACUUACAGAAUUCUGUACAAUGGAUGGAUUAAAGGCAUUUAAUAUUUGUAAUUCAUACUAACUGUAGAAAUGGCCCUAAAGCAUGCUGCAUAACUAGUAAUUUAUAUUUUCAUUAUUAUAAAUGUUAUAUUAAUGAUUUUGCUUUGAUUGCAUCAAAUUCGUCACCAUUUCAUAGCAACAAUAUUGUUCUGUUUUUUUCCUCUGACUUCCCUAAAACAAUCUCCUUUAAUAUGGAUAGAAAUUGUCAUUGGAAGAGAAUCCAGUGUCUCUGUUCAUUAUCCCCACAUAUCAGUUAUUAUCGAUUUUGUGAAUACUGUGUAGAGUUCAUAUGCUGACUCCAUGGAUAUGUACAUUGAGAAGAGAGUGAUUAUUAUUUUGCCAUUAGUUCAAAAUAAUGUCACUGCAGUCUGGAUAAGUUACACAUAUUUGAAAUAAAAUCUCUGAAAAGAUUAAGCAUACUUAAAUGCUAUUAAAGUGCAGAGCAGUAGGGCUUGAGUGUUUCACACCAUUUAAUACACACAUUUAGAUGAUGGUUUUCUUUGCUAACAUAUUGUUAAAUAUUGUUUUCAGACAUACUGUAAUUUAAAAUUAGUGUGAGCAUUUGUUGUAAAUUUACAAAAAAAUUCAAUAAUGUUCAAAUUCUCAGGAAUUAAGGACUAACCAUAACUUUGUCAGUUCUAAUUAAGUUUGUAAAGGAUGGCAAGUUUAUUACUUCACUUGAAUGGGGCUCCCCCAAUUCUAAGAAAAUAUAUGUAUAAUAAAACAUUAAUAAAUACAGUUUUAAUAAUUUACUUCCCCUGGAUGUUUAUGUUCAAAAUUGAAUGUCUUAAACCAGUACUUCUUAACAUUAACCUUUUUGGAGUUCCCUCUAAUAAAAUAUAGGGAAUCUAUCUUUAAAAAAAAUCCUUGCAUGCACAUAGGCAGAAAUUUCAAGUAUAAAAUUGGUAUUGGUUCCUCUCUAUAUAUCCCAGGUGAAGAACUCGUACUUUCCUUUGUACAUUCUUGAUCUUUCCAUUGCUUGCUAUUUUCAAAUAAAAAGAACCCACAUGAAUUUUUAUUUUGAAUCCUAUUCCUGGGAAGGGAUCCUUGGUUUACAGUGUUUAAUGUUAGAAAAACUAUUGCCAUUUACAAACAUGAGUUGAACUGAAAUGGUAAUAAUAAAUGAGAGCCUUUUAAAUACAGUUGACCCCUGAACAGUAUGGGUUUAAACUGUGUGGGUCCACAUACAUGCAGUUUUCAAAAAUAAAUACAGUAUAGUAUGAUAAAUGUAUAUUUCUCUUCCUUACGAUUUUAAUAGCAUUUUUCUCUAGCUUUAUUGUGAGAACAUAGUAUGUAAUACAAAUAACAUAUAUAAUGUGUUCAUUGUAAGGCUUCCAGUCAACAGUAGGCUCUUAGUUAAGUUUUUGGGGAGUCAAAAGUUACAUACAGGUACUUGAUUGCAUGAGGGCUUGGUGCCCCUCACCUCCGUGGUGUUCAAGGAUCAGCUGUACUACCCUGGAGAAAUUGUUUUUGGUAAAGUCUGGUUGCUGCUCCUUUGCUCUUCUGAGGUAGUAAAUUUGUAAGAUUGGGGGAAAGGUGGGAUAAUACCAUCACAUACAUUAUCCUGUUACUUUUUGAUGGCUAAAUGUAAAAAGAUUUUAACUAAUUUUAACUAAUUUUAUUUUUUUUCCAGCUAAAGUUUGAAGUUUCAUACUGAUGGUAUUCCUUUUAAGAAAGUUUUAACCCUACAAUUUCAAGUUUUUAGAUGUUAGGAAGACUUUAACAGGUUAUUAGAGAUUUCAGAUUAAAAAAAAAAAAAAGGAUCCAGAAGAAGUGCACA